ACCGUUUUGAACCCCGCAUCACCAACCCCUUGUCCAUCUCCCCAUUGUCCUUGCUGGCUUCCUCUCGCCCGCUCCGCCUCCCCCCAGAAACGCAAAGAUGCACGCAGCUCUGCAGCAGCGCACAACAGCGCUCUCGACGCUCGUUGCCCGCCGCGCCCAGCACACGCUCUCGGCACCGCUAGCCACGGGCUUCAGCACCUCUUUAGCGCUGCGCCAUGGACGCACCAGGACCACCACAGCCGCCCCGAUUAACCCGACAUCAGCCUCAUCGCAGUUGUUGCGACAGCUGCAUUCCUCUGCGAGACAUCUCCACGAGAACCCGUUGGGCAUCCCUAAGCGCGAGGCAAACCCAGCGCCAAAGAUUCCCCGUCGCGCACCUGGGCCACCGCAAAAGAGCGGUAUUCGCGGUGUAAACCAUGUCGUCGUCGUCGCGUCCGGAAAAGGCGGAGUCGGCAAGAGCACUGUUGCAGCGAAUCUCGCCCUCGCCCUGGCCAAGACAUCGCCCGAAGCCCUCGGCCGCCCGGCGCGCAUCGGGCUGCUGGAUCUCGACAUCUUUGGACCAAGCGUACCCCUUCUCAUGGGUCUCGAUCGUGCCGGAGAACCAGAGUUGAGCGACACAAACAAGCUCGUUCCGCUGCAAAACCACGGCGUCAAGACCAUGUCCAUCGGAUACCUGCUGCCCCCAGACCCCAACACGCCGGUUGUUUGGCGUGGUCUCAUGGUGCAGAAGGCUGUCCAGCAGCUACUCUUCGAUGUCGACUGGUCGCAGGGCGGCGACCUCGACGCGCUCGUCAUUGACAUGCCACCUGGCACGGGCGACGUGCAGCUCAGUCUGGGACAGCUGGUUGUUGUUGAUGGCGCCGUCAUCGUCUCCACGCCGCAGGAUGUUGCGCUUAUCGAUGCGCGCAAGGGAGUCGCCAUGUUCCAGAAAGUUGGCGUGCCGAUUAUCGGCCUCCUGUUGAACAUGUCGCACUUUAAGUGCGGCUCGUGCGACACGCCACACGAGUUGUUUGGGAGCUCGGACAAGUUUACCGCGGCGGCCAGUGAGCUUGGCCUGGAUGUGCUUGGCAAAGUGCCACUCGUCACGUCAGUGAGCGACGGAGGCGAUGCCGGCCGGCCAGUGAUGGUGCAGAGCAGCGCCGAGGGCGACGAGGUGCGCGAAGCGAUGAAGCAUGUCGGCGAGGAAGUGUGGCAGUAUCUCGCCUCAAGGCCGAAGGUGAGCGGCGUGAGAGGAUAGUCAGUGGGCGGACACAGC